AUGGAGGCAAUACCAUAUUCCGACGCCAAGCUGCGUCGCAUCCUAUCGGCUGUGCGCACGAUCGCUGUGGUAGGUGCCUCGAGCAACUGGAAUCGUCCCAGCUACUUCGUGAUGAAGUAUCUGCAACGCAAAGGAUACCGAGUGAUCCCCGUCAACCCCGGAAAUGCUGGAAAAGACUUGCUUGGCGAGCGUGUCUAUGCCAACUUGCGCGAUAUCCCAGAUGAGGUCGAUAUGGUCAACGUGUUCCGGGCAUCACACUCGGUCGGACCUAUCAUGGACGAUGCAAUUGCCGUCGGCAUCAAGGUGGUCUGGAUGCAGCUGGGAGUCCGCAACGACGAAGCCGCCGCGAAAGGGGAAGAAGCAGGUAUCGAGGUGAUCAUGAAUCGCUGCCCGAAAAUCGAAUUCGGCCGCCUGGGUGGCGAACUGUCCUGGAGCGGUGUCAACAGCGGCAUUAUACGGAACAAAGCAGCGCAGGCGCCGACUGACCGUCGGACCAAGCCACGCGACCUGCCACCUAUCAACAUCGAUUAUGGCUUCGAAACCCGGGCGAUCCACGCGGGGGCCGCGCCAGAUCCAACCACCGGAGCUCGUGGGACCCCAAUUUACCAGACCACCGCGUACGUCUUCGACGAUGUCGAACAUGCCGCAUCUCUGUUCAACCUGCACAACUUUGGCUACAUCUAUGGCCGACUGACCAAUCCGACGGUGUCGGUCCUCGAGGAACGUGUGGCCAGUCUGGAGGGAGGUCGGGCUGCUGUCGCCGCAGCUUCCGGACAUGCAGCGCAGUUCCUUAUUUUCGCUACGAUGCUAGAGCCCGGCGACGAGUUUCUGGCUUCAAGUAAGCUGUACGGUGGCUCUCUCACGCAGUUCAGUCUUUCGUUCAAGAAGCUGGGCUGGCACUGCCAUUUUGUCGACCCAACGGAUCCGGAGAACUUCCGGCGUGCCCUCACGCCCAAAUGCAAGGCCAUUUUCAUCGAGAGUCUCGCCAAUCCGGGUGGCAUCAUCAGCGACAUUUCCGCCAUCGCUGAAGUCGCUCAUUCAGCUGGUCUGCCACUGAUUGUCGACAACACGCUCGCCACCCCAUAUCUAUGCCGGCCUUUCGAAUGGGGCGCCGACAUCGUGGUUCACUCCACCACCAAAUUCCUUGGCGGCCACGGCAACGCAAUGGGCGGGAUCGUUGUCGAGUCGGGUAAAUUCGAUUGGACUCAGGGCGGCAAAUUCCCAUCUAUGACCGAACCUGAGCCUGCGUAUCAUGGUCUGCGCUUCUACGAGAACUUUGGCGACUUUGCAUUCACCACAAAAGCUCGCGCUGUCGCACUGCGCGAUUACGGUCCGACCAUGGCGCCAAUGAACGCUUUCCUCACCAUUACAGGCAUCGAAACACUGCACCUGCGCAUGGAGCGACAUUGCAGCAAUGCGAAGGCCGUUGCGGAAUACCUCGACAAGGACUCCCGCGUCGCUUGGGUGUCGUACGCCGGUCUCGAGGACAAUCCUUACCGAAAAUUGGCGUCCAAGUACCUCCCCAAAGGCUCAGGGUCCGUCUUCACCUUUGGCGUCAAGGGCGGCUACGAGACAGGCAUCAAGGUCGUCGAGAGCGUCAAUCUGUUCUCCCAUCUCGCAAACGUCGGCGACACUCGCAGCUUGAUUUUGCAUCCGGCAUCGACUACUCAUCGGCAACUCAGCGACGAGCAACGGGAAGGCGCGGGCGCUGGACCCGAUGUGAUUCGUUUGUCGAUCGGCUUGGAGACUGCGGCUGAUUUGAUUGCGGAUCUGGACAGAGCGUUGGGAUCAGACAAAGCUGCGAACGGCACAGGUCACUAA